GGCGGGUGAAGAGAGAGGAAUCACCAUUUUCAUUUCCUCUUUAUCAUCACUCACCAUCGUCGUUUUCUUCUCAGAAAUCAUAAUAAUAAUAAUAAAAUAAUAAUAAAUGUGGAAUCUUGAACAUGAUUGGUACUCUCCCAAGAGUCUUCUCAGCACUCCCACCCAUUAUGAUUUUCCAGGGGAUCGCUUCAUUCCCAACAGGAGUUUGAUGGAUCUUGAUCAAGCCCAGAGUUUGCUCACAAACAGGACCAAAAAAAUUCAGAACAAAAAAUUCAAUGAUGCGUACAGACAGAUAGUGGAAGAGAAACUAAGUUUGGAUUCAGAAGGAAAGCCAUUUAAGAUGUUGGUUUUUAGGGGAAGUCCAAAAUCAAGCAGAAAAUCCAUUCGUUAUAUUGAUGAGAUGCGAGACGAAGAAGCAGCGUCAUUGCAGAACAAUAGCAAUCAACAUCACAGUUCAAGAAGAUUGCCUAAGGGAGAAUCAAGGAUAUUGGAUGCACCAAAUAUUAGAAAUGAUUACUACGCAAACAUCAUGGAUUGGGGGAAAAACAACAUUCUUGCUGUUGCUUUAGGCUCAAACAUGUACCUUUGGAACUCAGACAAUAGUAAUGUAACAAAGUUGCUUAAAGCCUCUGGCAACGAUUUUCCUACGAGUGUUUCCUGGUCAGAGGAUACCAAGUACUUGGGAAUAGGAUUCAAGAGCUCAAAACUUGAACUCUGGGAUGCAGAAUCUUCCAAACCAAUAAGGAUCCUUGAAGGUCAUAGUGAAAGGAUAGCAACCAUUGCAUGGAAUGGUCAUAUUUUAACUUCAGGAAGCCAUGACAAGUACAUAAUCAACCAUGAUGUUAGAGCAAGAACAAAUGUGAUAUCCCGGGUAAAAGCACACAGAGCAGAAGUUUGUGGUCUGAAAUGGUCAAGGGGCAACAUAUUGGCAAGUGGUGGAAAUGAAAAUCAUAUUUAUGUAUGGGAAAUGUCCAAAAUGAGUUCAUCCAAUUUCUUGCACUGUUUUAAGGACCAUUGUGCUGCAGUCAAGGCACUUGCCUGGUGUCCUUAUGAUUCAGGUGUGCUUGCCUCUGGAGGUGGCACUGAAGAUAGAUGUAUCAAGUUAUGGAAUGUGAAAUAUGGAACCUGCAUUUCCAGCAUAGAUACAAAGGCUCAGGUUUGCGGAUUAGAAUGGAAUAGACAUCAUAAGGAGGUAUUAAGUGGCCAUGGAUUCAGCACAAGUGCACAUCACAAUCAACUUUGUUUGUGGAGAUAUCCAUCUAUGACUAAAGUGGGAGCCUUGGAAAGUCACACUUCUAGAGUACUUGAUAUAUGUCAGAGCCCAGAUGGUUUAACAGUAGUAUCAGCUGGAGCAGAUGAAACUCUUCGCUUUUGGAAUGUAUUUGGGCCACCUGUAAGUAAUAACUAUGAGACAGAUCUGGAUAACCUUUUGUCUCUCAAGGUUUCUCCAAUAAGGUGAUGGAAACAGAGACAAU